UCUAUCUCAGCAGCUGGAAACUUAACAUUUCCGAGGUGUGUAUGAACGCAGCAUGACGCCGCCUGUGGUGGCUCAUUACAUUAUCUGGCAACCGGAGUGGCAGCGGACAGAGGAGAGGGGAUCCCCGGGAUUUUUACACCGAAGCCAGCGAAAUACCAAUAUCAAACAUCUGAAAAUCGCUGGGGAACUCGGUUACGCUCCUCCUAGACUUCGGUGAGAGCAGCCAUGUCAGAGGAGGCAGUGCGUCAAACGCGCAGCCAGAAGCGGGCUCUGGAGAGGGACCAUGCAUCUCUUGCUGGGUCCCUGGGGGACAUGGACGGCAAACGGGUUAAGCUGGAGCGGGGAGAUGGAGCUGGAGCUCCCCUGGCUCUGGUGGGAUCUGGAGCUGAGGGUGUCAAGCUGAAGAGUGAGCAGGCUGCAAAGGUAGCAGCAAGCAUCCUAAAGGCUGGGGAAGUGAAGGCCACCAUCAAGGUGGAGGUUCAGACUGGAGACGAGCCCGUUGAUAUGAGCACAUCCAAAAGUGACAUUAAGAAAGAGAGGCAGCCGCCAUCACCAGAUGAUGUGAUUGUGUUAUCAGACAACGAGCCAUCCAGUCCUCUCAUGAACGGCCACUGCUUCACGAAGACUGACACAGAUAAACUUAUGAAGAGUUCUCCUGAGGAGAGGGAGCGCAUCAUCAAACAGCUGAAGGAAGAACUGAGACUCCAAGAGGCCAAACUGGUGCUGCUUAAGAAACUACGACAGAGCCAAAUCCAGAAGGAGAGCACAGUACAGAAGGCGACUGGCUCUGUAGCCACUCCUCCUCCUCUGGUGAGAGGGAGCAUCACAUCAAGUAAAGGACCCCUCCAGGUGACAGGUCGUAGCUCAGGCACGGUGAUCCCUCCUCCGUUAGUGAGGGGUGGGCAACAUGUCCCGUCCAAACACAACUCUCAGAUUGUCAUGCCACCUCUGGUCAGAGGAGCCCAGCCUAUUGCAGUUACUCCUCAACAGAUAGCCAGUCUACGUCAGCAACAGCAGCAGCACAGCGGUUCAGGCCCCCCUCCACUCUUGCUUGCUCCCAGGGCUUCUGUGCCCAAUGUCCAGGUCCAGGGCCAGAGGAUCAUUCAGCAGGGACUCAUUCGGGUGGCUAAUGUGGCCAACAGUAAUGUCAUGGUCAACAUCCCUCAGGCCUCUCCAACUAGCCUAAAGGGCUCUUCAGUGUCACCCAACUCUAGCGUCAAUGAUUCCCCAGCCAGCCGGCAGGCAGCUGCCAAGCUUGCACUGCGUAAGCAGUUGGAGAAAACGCUACUGGAGAUCCCUCCACCCAAACCUCCUGCCCCUGAGUUCAACUUCCUGCCUUCAGCAGCCAAUAAUGAGUUUAUUUACUUGUUGGGGUUAGAAGAGGUGGUGCAAAAACUUCUGGAGAUGCACGGCAGGGGUAAUCUGGGCCCAGCCACUGCAUUGGCCAGCUCCAUUCCCAAAGAGCCACACACCUGUGCCCAGUGUAAGACGGACUUUACCUCCCGCUGGAGAAAGGAGAAGGCUGGGACCAUCCUCUGUGACCAAUGCAUGUCGUCCAAUCAGAAGAAGGCCCUGAAGGCUGAGCACACCAGUCGGCUGAAGGCAGCCUUCGUUAAGGCACUCCAACAGGAGCAGGAGAUUGAACAGCGUAUCCUCCAACAGGCGGCGGCCUCUUCUUCCUCCUCUGCCUCUUCUGUCUCUAAAACCACCUCGUCCUCCUCUCCCUCACUGUCUAAGAGUGAGGUGCUGGUGUCCCAGCAGUACAAGCAGGUCAGGGCUGCCAUGCAGCACAGACCUGUGGCUGCCCACCACUCCACCAUUAAGCAGAGUCAGCUGUCACACAGCAUCCAGUCCGCAGUGAGGUCUCGGGGUGUGGUCCACUCAUUCACCUCUUCCUCUCAUCUGCAGAGCGCUGUGACAGCAGCAGCGCUGGGCAGCAGGCCAGGUAAGCAUGCUGCAGCACGCUCGUUGCAGCAGGGGGCAAAGGUCAGCGCCGGCAGCAGCAGCAGCAGCAGUAACCAGGGCAACGUGGCUGCCUGGAGGAAGCAGAGCGGUGGAAACACAGGUGUGACUAUGGCCUAUGUGAACCCCAGCUUGUCUGCCCAUAAGACCACCUCUGCUGUGGAGCGUCAGCGAGAGUACCUGCUGGACAUGAUUCCCUCCCGUUCUAUCUCCCAAGCAGCCAACACAUGGAAAUAAUGCAGUCUUACUCUCCUCUGACACCAUAACUGUUACCCCUCUUAAUAUCAAUAACAGCCAUUCUCAUUAUCAUUCUAAUCCUUUCUAUGGACUUCUAUGCCUCUGACACCAAAAAUGGUGCAAAGGAGAAUCAUCUUUUUUUUUUUUUUUUUUCUUUUUUGGGAUGGAGGUGUUCCUCCAUCUCCUCUUCAGAUCUUUCUGCUACCAUCUGCCCUACCUGAAUCCUCCAUCCCACGUAGGAGUUGUGCUGCGACAGCCUGGGCUUCUGGGAUACAAGGAGUUUGUCAAAUAGAAUUUGGGUACAUUUCUGAGGGUUGGGGUAAACAUGGGUGUGUACAAUUUUACAAACUUCUCCAUUGAUGUUGCCCCUCCCUCCCUUUAUAUUGGUUGAUCCUCCCAGUUGUACCAAGAGGAAGUUGCCACACAAUCCCUGAGCUCCCCUGCCUCUGGAUUAGGCAGGGACACAAUAAUAAUCACUAUUAUACACAAUAAAAUAUUCGCCUUACGUCCUGCCCCUCUCCAGUCUGAGCCAGUCAGACUCAGGGCCAUGUGGUGGCCCAACCGAACUUAACUGAAGACCUCAUCACAGGGAUUGUGGUAGAGCUUCAAGGACCAUCCACGAGAUAAUAAGAACUGCUUCAGCUUUGCAAAAAUGAAUAAAAUAAAAAAAGGACUGUAAAAAAUGAUCUCUCUCUGCACACAGACUGCCUCUUCUCUCUAACCUACGCCGUGUAUAGUAGAGAAGUUGACGUGUGUUGGAUUAUUUUGUAUGGCUGAAUGUUAGGAUUUUGUCUUUUCUUCUGUAAGUCAUAUACUGUGUUUCGAAUAUUGUGCUCCCUGAUACUUUGGAAGUGGCCUCUUUUCGAGGUCUGAAUUUACAGGCUAUUGUUACUGUUGAGGUGGUUUUACAUCUGCUGGGUUCCAUGUUGUGGCCUACUUUUAAAUACUUUGUUUUUUCUAAAAUGAAGAGGAAGAAUAAAGAUUAAGGUUUCACUGA